CAAUUAGUCAAAUGACCACCAGGACUAUUUACAUUGACACUCCCCUACCUCCCUUGUUUACACUCAAAACAUUUGAGGUGCCAGUACUCAGGUCCGGUGAGCUCCUGCCAAAGUUAAGCACUGGGUUUAUCCAGUAAGUUACUGGGAGCGUGUGAAUCUUUUUUUAUAACCUACUACAGUUUACCCGUCAGCACCUCUACUGUUUUGGGUGUGCCCCAGCUGAUAUUUUUCACUAGAUGUUUUUUUGCCUUUAUUGAAAUUAUAUGCAGUGGACGUUUCAAAGGUAGAUCUGAUACGCACACAAACAGUCAAAGAUGAUGACUCUGUGAAUCAGUCAUAGGCCAAGUGAUAGGCCUAAUUCGCCCUUACCAAUAAACGUUUUCCAAAUUAGCUUCAAACUAUCAUCCGCACAGUUGAAGUUGCUUGAUUGAAGUCCCCCGGUUGCAGCUGUGGGAGAACCAGCUAAUUGUCGCUCACGCGUUUCACAAUGGAUGAGCUCACCUGAAGCCACGUAGUAAUUAAGUCACCUGAUGGCUACGUAGUAAUUAAGUCACCUGAUGUAUCUAUCUGUUGGUUAAUAAUUACCCCGGUCUUUGGUAUAUAGAGGUAGAAGGGUCUCCUACAUUCCAUCCGCUCUUUAGUUCACGAUGGCAUUCACUGGGAAAUAUCAGCUUGAAUCUCAGGAGAAUUUUGAGCCUUUCAUGAAGGCAAUUGGUUUGCCAGAUGAUCUCAUCCAGAAGGGCAAGGACAUCAAGAGCGUGUCGGAGAUUGAGCAGAAUGGAGACCACUUCAAAGUGACCGUGACCACAGGCACCAAGGUCAUGGUGAACUCGUUCACGGUCGGCCAGGAGGCUGAGCUGGAGACAUUGACUGGAGAGAAGAUAAAGUCUACGGUGAAUCUGGUUGGGAACAAGCUAAUGGUCUCAUUGAAGGGCAUUGAGUCUGUCACUGAAUUCAAUGGGGACACCAUUAUCGCUACGAUGACGCUGGGCCCCAUCGUCUACAAGAGGAUAAGCAAGCGCAUCUAGGGAUCUCUCAACCCUCUUUGAAUAAAUGAAGGAAGUG